GGGUCAACCUAUUCACAAGACUUCAAAUCUCAGUGGAAGGCGAUUUCGACAACUUAACUGCCCCCUCGACUCUCAGUUCGAGGCCGCGACUAUCUCGGAUUCAGCCGCCCACAUAGAGUUCCUUGACGAUAUUAGUUUCGGCCGAGUAUUGGAAGAGUUCUUUUGGCACGAUGUCUCUCGCCAGGGCGUUUACGACCCGACGGGUCAAGCAAAGCCUCCAGGCGGCAGAGGACGCACCCCAUCGCAGCAACUCGUUGAAGGGAUCUGUCGGCUCGAUCCGCCACAAGAUCUCGAGCCCAGUUGAGCUCAUCCACACCACCAACAUGUUGUCAUACAAUGCCCCGAACAUCAAUCCCAUGUCGGCGACAUCUACAGGGUCUUCGCAAAGAUCCGACGACGAUAUGUCCGACAGCGCACUCACGAACGGCACAACACCUCCAACCAGUCCGGAUGUCGAGUCGUCGCCAAAGAGGUCUUUGUCACCGGAGCCGAAGCACCUAUCAUCCAUGUUCACCGUUUCCAGCAAGACUUCCGCUCCGCUGGCACAAGCUACAGCUCCCGUGAUUCCGCAACGCAGUGUCUCGCAUUCGAAGAAGCCAUACAAUACCCUGGUCCGGCAACGGUCUACCUCAGCGAUGUCAGAACAGUCACAGCAGUCACAGCGUACGAUCUCAACCAAGGCAAGCUCUACCUUCUCGCGCUCGUCCUCUACCAGCACAAGUACCAGCGUCACCUCUCACAACUCGAGCUCCGCCUACCACAAGGCCAAGCUGUCCAACGCGGCCAAUGCAGCGCCCGCCGCUGCUUCUUACUCUCCGGUUUCAGCGCCUCGGCCCCAGCCCCUCCAUCAGCAGCAGCACAGGAAGGAGUAUGGCGAAUCGCAACACCCGUUCGGCCCCGAGCUGGCGCAGGUGUCGGAGCUUGCUGAGGAGUACGGCGUCAAGGAGCAAGUGGUGAGCGUGGUCGACGUGGAGGAGCAGGAAAUGCUUGCCAAGGGGCUUCUCAAGAUCAGUGCCGAUGAGUACUUGAGCGAGGUUCGAAGCUUGUUCGCCACCUUCUUUGUCGUGCCUAGGCCGGUUGCGACUAACUGGAUCUGAGCUGGGAUUUCGGUGGCUUUGAGAGGAUCUCACAGUCACUCGUUCUACGGAGGAAUGGUCCUGGAGAAGGAGCGGUACACGG